UUUUGCUAGAGAUCAUCUGUGAUUUAUUCUAUUUUUAUCUGUUGCAAGAAAGUGCAGCAAGUCAAUUGCAAUUCACUAAUUGUCGCACAUUCGUUAGAAGUUACAUAACAGGCAUAGGCAAAAAUGGCUCUACCCGAUGGACUUUCCAACAAAAUGAAGGUUUUCCAGGCCGUCAACGAGAUGCCCGUUUUUCUGAAAGGCGGACCAGCGGAUAAGAUUUUAUUCGGCAUCACUGCUGGACUGUGUGGCAUUGGCAUCGUUAGCUUUGUCCACUUGGUCUACACAAUGGGAUUCGCCAAGAAGAAGGCCUAAGCUAUGUGCUUAAAUACUUCCUCCAUUAAAGAGAAACUAUUGUAAUUAA